AUGCUGCGUGCUAGAACACACGGCGCAAGCCCAACCUUGAAGCGCUGUAUGACAUCAGCCUCCAAGAAAGAAGGCAACAUCUCAGACGCUUUCGCAUCCCUCUCGGGCACGAAAAAAGAACCUCUUCCUGAUCGCUUCCGCGAGAGGAAAUUAGAGAUUGUCCAAGGCCGAGAAAAAAAGAUCAAGCAGAGCUGGAAAGCACUGCUCAGAGAAUUAAAGAGGGAGAAUGGCAUCAUUGGGAAGAGAGGCCCGAGGGCCGUGCCGCAGAUUGACUAUGAGGACUUACAAGCCAAUGGGAAGGUGUUAAGGAAGUUGAAGGAUGAUAUCAAGAAGACGGGUGUUGUUGUCGUUAGGGGCGUUAUCCCUGAGGACGAGGCGAGGGCGUAUAAAGAUGUGGUGGAGGAGUAUGUUAGGAAGAAUCCUUCUACAAAAGCGUUCCCUCCCCAUGAUCCUCAAGUCUACGAACUCUACUGGUCUCUCCCCCAACUCCAAGCCCGCUCCCACCCAAACUUCCUCCGCGUCCAGCACUACCUCAUGUCCCUCCUAUGGAACAAGUCCAACCCCGACAGUGUCAUCUCCCUCGACCACCCCUUCAGCUACGCCGACCGUCUCCGCAUCCGUCAGCCCGGCGAUGCAUCUUUCGCUCUGGGCCCCCACAUCGACGGUGGCAGCGUUGAGCGCUGGGAGAAAGAAGGCUACGGCCGCGGAGGCGUGUACGAUAGCAUCCUCGAGGGGAGGUAUGAAGAGUAUGAUCCUUGGGACGCGAGCGGUCGUGUCAACGCUGUGAAUAACCGCUACGAUGGACUGGGCGCUUGUUCAAUGUUUAGAAUGUGGCAGGGAUGGAUGAGCAUGAGCCAUACUCUGCCUGGUGAGGGAACACUGCUGGUCAAUCCGCUCGUGAAGUUGUCCAUGGCGUAUGUGCUGCUCAGGCCGUUCUUCCAGGCAAAGAAGUUUUCCAGGGGAAGGGAGUACCUGGAUGAAAAGAACUGGGAGUUCAUGGGGGAGAAUAUGGAUAGUGAACUGCAGGGUGCGACGUUGGGCAAGGGUCAGGAGCUGACAGAUGAGCUGCACCCGCAUUUGGAGCUGAAGAAGUCCAUGGUACACGUGCCUGAGAUUCGACCUGGCGAUUUCGUAGCUUGGCACUGCGACACAAUCCACGCCGUUGACAAAGUCCACAACGGAACCACCGACUCAAGCGUGCUCUACAUCCCCGUAUGUCCCGUGACGGAGCAGAACGCAGAGUACAUGGCCCGGCAGCGCGCAGCCUUCCAGCGGGGCACGCCGGGGCCGGACUUCCCCGGCGGCGCGGGGGAGUCGGAGCAUGUGGGUCGGCCUACGGAGGACGUCCUGGACGGGCCGGGCAAGAGGGCCAUGGGGCUGGAGGGGUUAGCGGUGGAGGGGUCGACGGGAGGGGCGAAGGAGGCGGUGGAGAAGGCGAAUGCGCUCCUGGGCUUUUGA